AACUCUGAUUUUACUCCUGGCGUGCUGCCGUGCAGCCUCGGGAACCAGAGGUGCUCUUGUGCUCGUCUGAAGCGUGCGAGUCCUGCGGGAGUUCCACAGCGAUCCUGAAGCCUUGGACCCAGCUGGUGAUUUUUAAUUGAUGCUGCUCCGUUUGGCUUCGAGGUUUCCAAAAUCAGGUGGACAACAAGAAACAAAUUUAAAAGUUCAAAAUGAGGAGAACAACAAGUAACAAAACUGUGAGAUCAGAAAUCAUUUGGAUCUGAAGCAGGAGCUGGAGGAAGAACCUUCUGGAGGACUCCUUAGCCUUUUGUGUGGGCCAGCAGCAGGGUCUGUCACGGUCAGUGGUGCUGCAGGGCCAUGGCUGAGCGGGUGCUGGUGAUCGGCAGCGGGGGCAGGGAACACGCCCUGGCCUGGAAGUUGGCCCAGUCCCCGCAGGUCAAACACGUGUUUGUGGCUCCAGGAAAUGCAGGGACAGCUGACAACGGGAAAAUCUCCAAUUCAGCUGUAUUGGUGAGCAAUCACACUAUUGUUACCCAGUUCUGCAAAGAUCAUAACAUUGGGCUUGUGUUAGCUGGCCCAGAAGCUCUUUUGGCAGCUGGGAUUGUGGAUGACCUGAGGGCAGCAGGAGUUCGGUGCUUUGGGCCCUGUGCCAGGGCAGCCCAGCUGGCCUCCAGCAGCAGCUCCAGCAAAGCCUUCCUGGAGCGGCACGGGAUCCCCACGGCACGCUGGAAAGCCUUCAACAACCCCCAGGAGGCCUGCAGGUUCAUCACCAGCACAGACUUCCCUGCACGGGUGGUGCGGGCACGAGGUCCAGCAGCCAGGACAGAAGUGACCAUUGCAGCCAGCAAGGAGGAGGCCUGCAGAGCUGUCCAGGAGAUUAUGCAGGACAGAAUGUUUGGAGAAAUGGUUGUUAUUGAAGAACUGCUUCAAGGGGAAGAACUUUCUUGCUCCUGUUUCACCGACGGUGUCACCGUGGCCUCCGUGCCCCCGGCUCAGCCCCACAAGCGGCUGCAGGAGGGGGAGCAGGGUCCCAGCACGGCGGGGAUGGGAGCCUAUUGCCCCGUGCCUCAGGUUCCAGAAGCUCUUCUGGAUCAAAUCAGGGGUGCAGUCCUCCAGCACAUCGUGGACAGCUUGAGACAAGAAGGAGCAGCCUACGUAGGUGUGCUGCAAACAGGUUUGAUGCUGACCAAAGAGGGGGUGAAGAUUUUAAACUUUAAAUGCCAGUUUGGGGACCCCCAGUGUCAGGUAAUUCUUCCUCUGCUUAAAAACGAUUUUUAUGAAGUGAUUCAAGCAACAAUUGAUGGCAAACUCUGCAGCUGCAUGCCAGCCUGGUGGGAGGACAGAGCUGCUGUGUGUGUGGUCAUGGCCAGCCCAGGAUACCCAGGAGACUCUGACAAAGGCAUGGAGGUCACAGGGCUUUUGCAAGCCAAGGAGCUGGGGCUGCAGGUGUUCCACGGGGGCACGGCGCUGAAGGACGGCAGGGUGGUGACCAGCGGUGGCAGAGUCCUGUCCAUCACUGCUGUCAGGCAGGACCUGAUGGAAGCCCUGGGAGAAGCCAACAGGGGCUUGGCCACCAUCCACUUCCAGGGGGCCACCUUCAGGAGGGACAUCGGGCACCGGGGCCUGCGGCUGCUCCGGCAGCCCCUGGCCCUGGUGUACAAGGACAGACACGUGGGGACUGGAACCACGGACGUUUGGAGCCGUCUGCCACAAACAUCGGCUGUGAGAGGCACCAGGGCAGGAGGCCGCUCAGAAGGAGGAGGCUUUGCUGCUUUCUUUGACCUGAAGGCAUCUGGUUACCGUGAUCCCAUCCUGGUGUCCCAGACCAAGGGCCUUGGACCCAAACUGCAGGUUGCCCAGGUCUGUAAAAGACACGACACCAUCGGGCAGGACCUGGUGGCCCUGUGUGUCAAUGAGCUCCUGGCUCAGGGGGCUGAGCCCCUCUUCUUCCUCACUCACUUGGCCUGUGGCAAACUCGAUGCUGAAGUGAUGGAAACAAUCAAAGAAGGAAUAGCUGAGGCUUGCAGGAGUGCAGGAUGUGCUUUCCUGGGAGAUGUUUUGCUGACCCCAGGGAAAAUGUUCAGCCCAGCUCUGCUGCCUGUCCUUCGCUCAGGGCACGUGAAGGGCUGUGCCCCCACAGCUGAGGGGCUCCUGGGGGGCAUCUCCAGGCUCCUGCCCGAGCACCUCAGCGCUGUCCUGGAUGCUCUCAGCUGGAAGAUCCCUGAAAUCUUUUGCUGGCUCUACAAGGAGGGGAACCUCUCUGCAGAGGAGAUGGCUCAGAGCUUUCCCUGUGGCAUUGGGGCCGUCCUGGUCGUGCAGAAGGAGCUGGCCCAGCAUGUUCUCCAGGACAUCCAGAGGCAGCAGGAGGCUUGGCUGAUUGGGAAGGUGGUUGCCCCUUGUCACACAGGUUCUCGCAUUGCAGUGGAGAAUCUUGCAGAGGCCCUGCAGCUGAGCAGCCCCCAGCAGCUGCUGAAGGACAGCACUGCUGAGAUCCAGCCCAGAAAGAGAAAGGUGAAGGUGGCUGUUCUUGUCUCUGGAGCAGGCACGGCGCUGUCUGCGCUCAUCGGCUCUGCCCGCGAGCCGGGCAGCUGUGCCCAGCUGGUGCUGGUCAUCUCCAACAGACCCGGCGUGGAGGAGCUGCGGAGCGCGGCCCGCGCUGGCAUUCCCACCAGGGUGAUCGAUCACAAAUUGUACGGGAGUCGCUCGGAAUUCGACAGCACCAUUGACCGAGUCCUGGAGGAAUUCUCUGUGGAGCUGAUCUGUCUGUCAGGAUUCAUGAGAGUUCUGUCCAGCCCUUUUCUCCGGAAAUGGAAAGGGAAAAUUUUGAAUGCUUCUCCAUCACUUUUUCCACUCGUCAAGGAUGGAAAUGCCCAUCAAGAGCCCCUGGAAAGUGGAUUAAAAGUUGCAGGCUGCACUGUGCAUUUCGUCCUGGAGGAGCCGAGUGCCGGGGCCGCGAUCCGCCGGGAGCCGCUGCCGGGGGAGGCGGGGGCCGCGCUGCGAGAGCGGCUGCGGGAGGCCGAGCUCCGGGCCUUCCCCCCGGCCCUGCAGCUCGUGGCCAGCGGCGCCGCCUGGCUGGGAGCCCAUGGAAGAACCUGCUGGAGACGGGGGAGCCACAGGCUGAGCCCUGAGGAGGAGGAGCAGGGACACGGAGCGUCCUCUCCCGCCGCUGCGGAGCCUCAGGAACACCAGGGGCUGUGGGCAGAUCCUUGAGGGGCUCUGCUCGUUUUCCCUCCCCUUCCCUUCUCCGUCUGCUUCUCUUGGGUGUCUCGGUAUCCCAAGUUUUUGUUCCCUGCCUCUUCCCUGAGCUCACAGCUUUCAUUGCACCCCCUUGGAAAAUCCAUGGUGGGAGCCAGGUUGGCUUUUCAGCUUUGGAAUUGCUUUGUUCUGUUUUUAAACCUGUAAAGGAGAAAAUGUGCUACAUGGAUAAGGCUGUAAAACUGAUCUGAUGCUUUCAAGGGGAAUUCAUCCUUCCAAGGGAUCCAUUUCUGUGGCAGAGCAGUGGGAGUUUCCCAAAGAAACCACAAACACAACCUGCUGCUGCAAGAGUGGGACAACAAAGUCAUGGAGCAGCUGGAGCCUGUCCAGAGGAGCCACAGAGCUGCUCCAGGGCUGGAGCCCUCUGGAGCCAGGCUGGGAGA